CGAGAAGGGCUGUCGCGUCGGCGCCCGUGAUAAACCUUUUUCGGUAUAGCAGCAGUGUCUGCGGUGUCUUUUUCUUUCUCUUUUUCAUUCGCUGGAUUUGGUAAAAUCUUCGGCACGGGUGAAAAGUGUUUACAGGAAAAAAUAGUUACAGAAGUGACCCCAGUGGCAUUGCUGGUUGCUGAUUUGAAAAGUGCACAAUUAUUGUGGUAUGAUAAAAGAUAACAGUGAGAAAAAAAUAUACAGAAAACCAGGAAUAGUGAGCUGAAAAGAUGAGUUAUUGAAUAGUUUACAAUCUGAAUGAUUACCAAAGGUUGGAGUAGUGACAAGCCGACCAACGUCUAGCUGGGAAUUAAAGGAUUUAUACAAACAAGCGCUGGAAAAGAUUUCGAAUCUUGUCUCAUCACACCCACCCCACCCCCCGAGGUGUUGCGUCCCCGACGGCGGCGGUAGUAAACGGUGACAACACACAGAGGAAGGGGAAGUGUGAGUGUUGUGUGUGUGUGUUCAUUCUGCGGGCCGGAGGAGUCGCGGCGGAGUUCGUUCAUCCGAACAGCUGGCACGCGUGCUGGGCGGGCGAGCGAGUGAUAUUGUUUGUUAUUGCGUAUUAGAAAAUCUUCAACUCGACGGCGUGAAACGAAGGCAACGAAACGCGACGCCGGUGUGGCGGUGGUGAAUGUGGUCGUGUAGGUGCGUGAAAAUCACGCUACGACGGCGGCCGAAGGAAAACGACGAUGCUGUUCGGCGACGACUGCUGCGGUGGAGUAGUGGUGCGCAAGAGAAUCUAUCACAAUUGCAGUCACUUGAGCUAAUAAAACCGUGUGGAUGCUGCACAAUAGUGGAAGAAGAACAAGUGGUGGGUGAAAAGAAAACCAGACCGAGCCCCAGACCGUGUCCCGGGUCGAGGCGCUAAGAUGUGAACGGGGAAAAAACGGGGCCCAGGGGGGAUGAUGAGAGAUGCCCUUGUCGCGACGGUGUGUGGCGGGUGAAAGUGUGAAAAGUGCGCGUGCGAGUGUGCGUAACGUCGCAGUUCCGGAACCGGAAUAGUGCGUAGUGGCAAGAAGCGGGGGGGAAAAAAAUGUGUCGUGCCACCGCUGGAAUGCGCCCCAGUGUUGUUUUGGUGAGAGGAAGAAAGCGAACAAAAAUACCGGUCCCGAAUAAGAAAAAGGGCCACCAGCAGCAGGAGCAGGUGGAGGCGGUGGUCGGAAGUGUCAGUGGUGGGCACGGUCAAACAUUUGCCUAGUGCUGCUAGAGAAGAAUAACUACGCGUACAACAAGGACUCGCGUUUAAAAUGUAGCAAGACAACAUAUCGUCUUAACGUUUGACGGGAUAAGAAAUUACAUUAUCCUUUUGCGGGAGGCAGAAACACAACAUACACACAAUCUCUCUCUCGCGCAACAAUCCUGCCCCCAAUCUAGCUCCUCCCCGGUCGGGAGGAACGGUUCUAAAUUUCUAAUGUCCUAUCUGUUGCAACGCACCAUGGAAGGUAAAACGGCAUCCGACGACCCGUCGGUUUGGGAGCUCUUCCUGCGCCGCCUGACGGCGCGCAUGAGGAUUCUGAAUGGUGAUCGGCGCAGCGAAGAUUUCGAUACCUCGCGGCCUCGGCGGAUGUGCCAUGCAUAUGCCGCGAGUGGUGGUUUUAUUCCGUUUAGCAAUAGCAGCAGUGUCGAUAGCCGUAAGCAACAACCUAGCGCUAGUAGCAUAAGUAUUGGCAGUGGCACCGACGACAGUGAUAGGCUAAGUAGUGCUAGUAGUUGUAGUUGUAGCAUAAGUAUUGGCCGCCGGUGGUGGAGCCCCCCUCAUCCGGGGGUGGCGAACGAGUACCUUUGGAGCGGGAAGCGGUUGAAUCGGACUAGUUUGUGGAAGCGGUGGCGGUGGAAACGAAUAUUCACGCUCGUCUGCAUCCUGUUCUACUUCAAUAUGGUCCUGCACACGUCCAGCCUGCUGCAGCUCGUGCAAGGCGCCGACCUGAAGGAGGCGCCCAGCACGGAGCUGAUGAGCCGGACGCGGUCGAGUCGAGACACAAACGGAGGUUAUCUCCAAGAUCGCGGAGGAAGAGUAUGUUCGAGCGUCGACGUCCGGAACACGCCAAAACAUCUGGAUCGAUUGAAUGGGUGCCGGGUUGUGGAGGGGUUCGUGCAAAUCAUGCUCAUCGACAAGUACGAGAACGACAGCUUCAGCAACUUCUCCUUUCCGCUGCUGACGGAGAUUACCGGCUACCUGUUGCUGUUUCGUGUGAACGGACUCCAGACGCUCGGCCAGCUCUUCCCCAACCUGGCCGUCAUCCGCGGCGAAGAUACGGCCAACAAUUACGCCUUCGUGGUGUACGAGCUGAUGCAGAUCAAGGAACUCGGACUUACUUCGCUGAUUCACAUAGAACGCGGCGGUGUUCGCAUCGAGAAAAACCCAAACCUGUGCCACGGAGACACGAUCGACUGGAAAACGAUAGCACCGAACGGCGACAGCUGGAUCAAGGGAAAUCAAGACCCCAACGCGUGCACCACAUGCCCAAGCAACGUUACCAUCACGAUGCCGGAUUCGACGACACGUCUGAUCCAGUGUCCGACGCGCGAACCAAAAAGCCCCAAGCACAACGAAAAGGAGAGCUAUCUCUGCUGGUCCACCAAACAUUGUCAACAGAAAUGCCCCGCAAGCUGCCCAAAAUCCUGCACAAUAACGGGCGAGUGCUGCAGCCCGAGCUGUCUCGGGCAGUGCGGCGGCGUGAACGGGACGGAGUGCAUGGUGUGCCGGAACUUGUACUACGUCGACUCCGACGGCCGGUCCCGGUGCGUCGACAAGUGCCCGGACGAUCUGUUCAUGUUCGCCGAAAGUCGGUGUCUGACCGCCGAGGAGUGUUACAACCAAAAAAAACCACUCCAUCGGUUGCAUGACAACACGCCGAACAACCCGUACGUGCCGAUCAAGGGCGCGUGUCAGCUAGACUGCCCCGAAGGUCACUCGAUGUCGAAGGACCCCGUUACCAAUCGGCAGGCGUGCGUGCCCUGCAAAGGACCCUGUCGAAUCGAGUGUCAGAGCAUGGUGAUCGAGAGCCUUUCCCAAAUCAAGAACGUGGCGGGUUGUACCAUCAUCAAGGGAUCGCUUUCGAUACGAAUCCGCCAGCUCGGUGGAGAUAAUGUCGUCCGCGAACUGGAGAAGUACCUCUUCUCGAUCGAAGAGAUCCAUGGCUACCUGUCGAUCGUCCGUUCGUACUCGCUGAUGUCGUUGAGCUUUUUCAAAAACCUGAAAGUUAUCCGUGGCAAAGAGCUGGUGAAUUCAGACAUGUCACUGAGCGUGCUGGACAAUCAGAACUUGCAGGAGCUGUUCGCGCAAGAUGUGCGCAUCGAAAGGGGCAAAGUAAUGUUCAACGACAACCCAUUGCUGUGCGUCAAGUAUAUUAAAGCGUUGAAGAAAAACUUUAACGACGGCGUCAUGAUCGAAAAUGAAGCGCAGCUGGAGCGUAGCAACGGUUUGCGGACCGCCUGCGAAGUGUUCACGCUGAAAACCAGCGUGACCAAAAUUAUCAGCGAUCUGGCCAUCAUCAAGUGGGAUUCGUUCAAGGAGUUGCCGGAUAAUCGCCAGCUGAUCGGUUACGUCGUGUACUAUAGCGUAGCUCCGGAGACGGGCGAGAUUGCGAUGUAUGACGGGCGAGACGCCUGCAAUUCGCAGAGUUGGCGUGUGGAUGACGUGCGCAAUCAGCUGGACGAGAACCAAACGACCCACAUCUUAACGCGGUUAGACAAUAACACACGGUACGCGUACUACGUCAAAACGUACACGCUCUCGCUGGAAAACGUCGGUGGUCAGACGAACAUAACGUACUUCAAGACACCUCCCGGUACGCCGAAGAGUGUGCGAAAUUUACGUGUCACGGAAAACCUCGAAACCAAUAUGGUGAUCGUCUCCUGGGUUGAGCCGGCCCACAUCUUUGGAAAAUUGGAAGAAUAUAAAAUCGUUGUCGAGAUAAACGACGAGGAUAAUGAAAUGAUCAAGCAACGGAACUACUGUACCGAUGAAAUCCAAAGGCCACCAAAAACAAGCAUAACGCCGGAUGUGACGACCCCGGCGCCUGCAAAAGAUAGCAGCGCGACCGGGGUUUGCACGAAGGAUGACUGCGCUUCGUUUUGCCAAGAGGCCGGUUCGUCCACGGCCGACAGUUCAUCAAAGCUCGACCCAAAUGAGGCUGAUAUGGCGAUCGGAUUCGAGGAUUGGCUGCAUAACUAUGUGUAUAUCAAAAAUCCAAAAGCAAGUCGACGUAAACGAAGCCACGAUGAAGAUAUGACCCAGACGAGUGGUAACCAGUCGCUCGUUUUCCCGAAACACUCCGAUAGCGAAAAUUUUCCCGAUCAGACGACGAAGGUGGAAAUUGGCAAUGUGAAGGACGAGAGCGGAGAGUACUAUCGCGUGCUAAGCGAAUCGACAAACGCGACAAAUAUAUCGUUCCCGUUGGACCACUUCAAGCACCACUCGCUGUAUGCAUUCCGUGUGGUGGCCUGCCGGGAAAAGCCGGCCCCAAUCCAGAACGGCGCCCAAGUAUUUGACAUGGUGAACAGGUGUGGCCAGGAGCAAACCAUAUUCUAUCGCACGCUGCCCCUACCGCACGGUAACGACAUCCCGGCGGACUCGAUUCAGCUGGAAGACUACUCGAAUAGCACGCAACGCGUCAUCAAGGUUCACUGGCGACGGCCGGAGAAACCAAACGGUCCGGUAGUGUCGUACUCAAUCAAGUACCAGCGAACCGACCUGGACUCGGUGCUGGCAAACGUGCUCUGCGUGCCGGUCGAUCUGCACAACCGGAUGGGCUUCGCGAUGCUGACCCGGCUGGACUCGGGUAACUACAGCAUUCGCAUCAUGGCCACCUCGACCGCAGGGGAUGGGUCGUACUCUUCGGAGAAGUUUCUCUUUCUAGAGAAGUACGAGACGGACGGUGUGGGCCGCUUCUGGGGGCUCUAUCUGGCCAUCGCGCUCUUGGUUUUCGCUGCGUGUGGUGGUGUCGUCUUCUAUUACUGGAAGACGAAGUAUCUGCCGGCGGCCAACAAUAUGCGACUGUUUGCGCAGGUCAAUCCGGACUACGCCGGCGUCACGUACAAGGUAGACGAGUGGGAGGUGCCGCGGGACAACAUCAUCCAGCUGGAGGAGCUCGGCCAGGGCUCGUUCGGCAUGGUGUACAAGGGGAUCGUGGUGAAACUCGGCCCCGACACCAACAUCCCGUGUGCGAUCAAAACCGUCAACGAGAACGCCACCGACCGCGAGCGGGACAGUUUUCUCAUCGAGGCGAACAUCAUGAAGUCGUUCAAGACGCACCACGUCGUGCGACUGCUCGGCAUCGUCUCCAUCAGCCACCCGAUCCUCGUCGUGAUGGAGCUGAUGGCGAACGGUGACCUUAAGAGUUACCUUCGGCGGCAUCGGCCCGAUUACGAGAACGGAGAAGAGUCCUCACCGCAACCUCCGACGCUGAAGCAAAUCUACCAGAUGGCGAUCGAAAUUGCGGACGGUAUGGCGUACCUGUCGGCCAAAAAGUUUGUACAUCGCGAUCUGGCCGCGCGCAACUGCAUGGUGGGUGAGGAUCUGACGGUGAAGAUCGGUGACUUUGGCAUGACGCGAGACAUCUACGAGACCGACUACUAUCGCAAGGGCACGAAAGGCUUCCUGCCGGUGCGGUGGAUGGCCCCGGAGAGUCUGAAAGAUGGCAUGUUUUCAAGCGCCAGCGAUGUGUUCAGCUACGGUGUGGUCCUGUGGGAAAUGGCCACACUUGCCUCGCAGCCGUACCAGGGACUGACGAACGACCAAGUGCUGCGGUACGUGAUCGACGGUGGUGUUAUGGAGCGGCCCGAAAACUGCCCCGACAAACUGUACGAACUGAUGCGCAUCUGCUGGCAGCAUCGAUGCAGCGCACGGCCAACGUUCAUCGAUAUCAUCUCGAUGCUGCUUCCGGAUGCAAACGAUCAGUUUGCGUUGGUGUCCUUCUACCACUCACCGGAUGCCAUCGAAGCGGCCGUUGCGCCCGGCAAUAUGCUAGAAGAUGAUGUAACGGAACCGCUGCGUGCGAAUGAGGACGUAAUUGACGAGGAUGAAGAUGAUCAGUAUGCGAUCGAGAUGGUCGAAGGUCGGUUAAUGCAAAACAACGGACCCAAACCGGACAUCCGGUCGCCCAACUCACCACAGAGGUGAGCAUACCGUGCUCUCGUUAAAUGGGUUUGAAAUGUUAUCAUAAGCCAAAUGGUCUGAAGCUGUAUUUAUGCGACGCAUACGGCUUACAUUUUUGGAAGUUCGUGAAAGGUAGCCCAUCACCAUAGCAACCAACAAUUGCAACGCAUAGCAAAGACCGGUCAACAUCAUUUACCAACACUAGAACGGCAUAAUUCAAACGAAUUUGUUUUUUGUUUGUCCAACACGCAAAGGCAACCUCUGUCCGCUGAAAAAAUCAUCAUUCACAUUGAAAACCAUCCCAAUCCAGCAAACCGACCACAAAACACAUAAGCAGAAACAGUGCUAGUUUUUUCGAAAUAGUUUGAUUUACUGAACAUUUUGACUCUCUCCCUCUCUCUCUACACACAAGUUUUUACAAUCUCCAGGUUCAGAAAACGGGUCUUGUCUCGGGUCGUAAUUUCAAACUUUCCUUCGGGGACAAAACGCGCUUCGGUUAGACGACCGCCUGCGAUCUGUUAUCGAAUUGUGUCGCGCCGAAGCAGACAGAAGCAAUGUAUGUUUCUUUUUUUUUUCUUUGUAUUUGAAAUUCCCAAUCAUCCCAUUUCCCUCCCAGUGUAGAGUUGGCAAUAUAUGGCGAGGGUUCGAUAGUUUUAAUUUUUUUUUUAUUUAAAUUUCUCUUCGCUGUGCUCCUACCGACCUGAACUCACCGCCAUCUAGAUAACACACUUAUAAUAUGCGCAUUAGCAACAUGAGAGAGAAAGAGAGAGUGAGAGACAGGAGGGAGGUCCGUAUUCUUUUUGUUACGUUCUUUUUCUUUCGUUUCCGAUAUGCAACCUGAGCCUUCUUUACCGGAUUUUAAUUUUUUAAAGAAGCAAACACAUAUACAACAAGCGCGUGCGCUCGCGCAUAUGCAAAGGAAUACAGCAAGUGAGCAAUCAAAGAAAAAGGGAAUUGUAAAUGAAGUAUCCUUUAAAAUUUGCAGUUUGAAACAAACAAACAAACAAACAAAAUAAUUGAAGCUUACGGCAAUGAGUACGAAUGGUGCGGAGUAGAAGCAGGAAGAAGAAGAAGAAGGGAGGUUAGAAUCGGAUGUAAAAUAAUAGAAGAAUGGCUAGGCAAGGAUUUAUUGUUGAGCAUAUAAGAUAGUUUCGAUACCGAGAAACAACAUGUACAUUUGACUGCACAGGUGUAAUUGGAGAGCGAUAGAGGGAUAGCAAAGCAGGAAACCCGGGCGAAAGGAUUUGUUGUAAAUAUAAUUUAGUCUUUUUCAGGUGUAACAAAAACACUAAAUGGCUAGUGGAAGGACUAUACUAGCGCGUAACACGGUAAAGUAACUAAGUGUGAUUGAACAAGAAAGACGAGUAAGAAAGGAAUGGAGAAAUAAAAUCACACAGCUGUAGACUUGCUUAUUGUGGGUGUUAAUACGUGCGUGUAUGCAUGGAUGUGCUCAUGAAUGAAUGUGUUAAAGUGGGUGAAUGGUAAAACAAACUCCAGCUAGUAGAAACACAGCACAGAAAAGCCCAAUGUUGCGUUUCCUCACAAAACCACCACCAUCCUUCUUCGGCCCAAGAAAGCGUUUUGUUCCAUUUCGUAAAAGUAAUAUAGUUCCUCCUUUAGUCGAAUUGCUACGGAUGCGAAAUGUCUGCAUAGGCAGACGGAAUGCACUUGACAUGCAGAACAAACAAUCGCACCCGGAUAAAGAGAAGCAAUGCAAACCGCUACAUAAUCCGUGGCCUGACAUGACAUUGUCCCUGUAAGGCUUUAAUUAUAGAAAAACAAAGAAAAACCCUCGUUCCGUACGGGUUAGUUUUUAGUCAAAAAUUCUUUUUUGUAACGUACACACACACACGAUUCCAAAUAGUUUAAAAAAAAUUAUGUUUCAGCAACCGUUUCAGCAAACUCAUUCACAAACAUAACAAAUAGAAUAUUAUUUUAAA